AUUGACAUAAACCCGAACAAAUUCCAGAACCAACCACCAUUUCCCAUACAUAAACCUUCCACACCCGUACACGUAAAACCCACUAUCAUCAAAUCAAUUUACCCCUUCUUUUCCUCCAAAUUACACUAAUUGCCACUGCCUUCCUUCCUUCUUCUUCUUCUUCUUCUUCUUCUUCUUCUUCUUCUUCUUCUUCUUCUUCUUCUUUCUACUUCUACUUUCUUCUAUUCACACACGUGUCACACACACAUGAUGAACUCUCUUCAAUUCCGUUACUCUCCAAACUCCACGCGCCCUCAAUUUUCUCGCACUUUCCCGCCUCAAUAUAAUUUUCCAGCAAAUUUUCUGUUUCUAUCUUUACCAACAAGAUUCAACGGAAGAAGAAGAAGAAGAAAGCAAGGUUUCUCAAUUUGCUGUUCCUCGAAAACUGAUUCUCAGAUUGAAAAGAGUUCUAAUGAGAAAAACGAUGAACGUCCUCCGUUUGAUAUCAACCUUGCUGUUAUUCUUGCUGGUUUCGCCUUUGAAGCUUACACUACUCCUCCUGAAAACUUGGGUAGGCGUGAAGUCGAUGCUGCUGGUACCAAGACAAUCUAUCUUUCUGAGGAAUUUUUUCGUGAAAUUUAUGAUGGGCAAAUCUUCAUAAAGUUGAAAAAAGGAUCCAGAUUCCCCGCCAUGGAUCCAUGGGGAACAAGUGAUCCUUAUGUGGUCGUACAGAUGGGUUCUCAGACUGCUAAAAGCAAUAUCAAAUGGGGGACAAAAGAGCCAACAUGGAAUGAGGAGUUCACUUUUAAUUUUAAGCGGUCGGUGAUGAAACCUCUACAGGUUGCAGCUUGGGAUGCAAACCUUGUAACCCCUCACAAACGCAUGGGGAAUGCAGUCGUUGAUUUGGAAUGGCUUUGUGAUGGAGAUACGCAUGAAAUACUGGUGGAGUUGGAAGGAAUGGGUGGUGGUGGAGAGGUUUGGCUGGAGGUCAAAUAUAAGACCUUUGAAGAAAUUGAUGAUGAAAAAAAGUGGUGGAGGAUACCUUUUGUUUCUGACUUUUUAAAGAAUACUGGUUUUGAUUCUGCACUCAGAAAGGUUACUGGUUCUGAUACAGUACAAGUCAGCCAAUUUGUAGAAUAUGCAUUCGGGCAGUUAAAGUCAUUUAACAAUGAGAAGGUCCGGAUGUCUGAUACUGAUAAUGCUAAAUAUGAUAUUGAAAGCUCUGGGAAAUCAAAUAAUGAUACUGGUGGUUCAGAAGCCUCUAAUGAAGCUUCUAGUGAACAAAGAAACAUGGAAGAGUUUCGUUCAUGUGAUAGUGAAACUGAAAAUGGACACGCUUUGGAAGCAUCACCACAAGCUAGUGAGGAAGAGUUGUCAAAUCAACGUUUUUGGAAGAAUUUUUCUAAAGUUGUCAAUGCUAACGUUGUUCAAAAAUUGGGUCUCUCUGUUCCUGAGAAAUUAAAGUGGGAUGGACUGGAGUUCCUAAACAAAAUUGGUUCGCAAUCACAAGAUGUUGCAGAAGAUAUUUAUAUUGAAUCUGGUCUUGCGAUACCUGAAGGCACAGAUAUAUCAGACAAUAAAACAAGUGGUCAACCUUCCAUUGCUGCAAUUCAGUCUUCACUUCCAGAGGUAAAAAAGGCAACAGAGACUUUGAUGAAGCAAACUGAAUCAAUUUUAGGAGGUUUAAUGCUUUUGACCGCAACAGUUUCCAAAAUGAAAGAUGAAAGGCGUUCUUCUGAAGAGAGGAAAACCAAAGAAGAUUCUACCGAAGGAGUAGGCAGUGACAUUCAAUAUUCUGCUAGUGAAAAGUCUCCUACCCCAGAAAAUGGAUCAUUGUUGGAGGAUAAAAAAACUGAAGAGAUGAAAGCACUUUUUUCAACUGCUGAAAGUGCCAUGGAAGCUUGGACAAUGCUGGCCACUUCACUAGGUCAUCCAAGUUUCAUCAAGUCUGAGUUCGAAAAGAUAUGUUUCGUAGAUAAUGCAUCAACUGACACACAGGUUGCAAUUUGGCGUGAUUCUGCGCGAAGAAGGUUAGUGAUUGCAUUUCGGGGAACAGAACAGACGCAAUGGAAGGACUUUGUAACGGAUCUAAUGCUUGUUCCAGCCGGGCUGAAUCCUGAAAGGAUAGGUGGAGAUUUCAAGCAAGAGGUUCAAGUUCACAGUGGCUUUCUCGGUGCAUAUGAUUCAGUAAGGACAAGGAUCAUUUCUCUGAUUCGACUUGCAAUUGGUUAUGUAGAUGAUCAUUCUGAGUUCAUCCACAAAUGGCAUAUUUAUGUUACUGGUCAUAGUUUGGGUGGUGCAUUGGCUACCUUGCUUGCUCUUGAACUUUCAUCAAAUCAAUUAGCUAAGCGGGGAGCGAUUUCUUUUACUAUGUAUAAUUUUGGUUCUCCUAGGGUUGGUAACAAAAGAUUUGCAGAGGUUUACAAUGAGAAAGUUAAAGAUAGCUGGCGAAUUGUGAAUCACAGGGAUAUCAUACCUACAAUACCCCGGUUAAUGGGUUAUUGUCAUGUCAAUCAACCUUUAUUUCUUGCUGCGGGAGUUUCAACAAAUUCCUUAGAAAAUAAAGAUAUUUUGGGAGAUGGUUAUGAAGGUGAUGUUCUUGGGGAAUCCACACCAGAUGUCAUAGUCAACGAAUUUAUGAAGGGUGAAAUGGAACUUAUUGAGAAGUUGUUACAGACUGAAAUCAAUAUAUUCCGCUCAAUCAGAGAUGGAAGUGCUUACAUGCAGCAUAUGGAGGAUUUCUAUUACAUCACGUUACUAGAGAAUGUAAGAUCAAAUUACCAAGUUGCCUCAAGGUCAGAACAAGAUGUAAAUAACAGCUUAUACUGAGCCAACAAGGUCUGGUGGCUGCAAGGCCAGACAGAUGAGGUCCAUGUACAAAUAGAAGUACGUUACAUACAAACUGGAAGAAGAUACGGAUAAAAUGCACAUAAUAUUUACUGGUAUGGUAGGAUAUACUCAUUGUGAUUGAGAAGAAUAUUUGUUCUCAUUUUUUGUAUGAUCAAAACAGGAUUGAGUCUAGCAGAUUGGGUUAGUCUCAAAAUAUUACAACCAAAGUCAAAUCUCCACUGAGACUGAGAGGUGUCCAUAUGUAGUGUCACACUGUUAUGAAUAAGUGAAAUUCACAUGGGUCUCGUUAAUAGGCAUGAGAUCUACAUGAAUUAGUGGAACUCAUGGAUUUCACCUUAUUUUAGAGAGCGGGUUGAAAAUUAGGUUGGCAUGAUAACAAAUUAAAUCUGAGCAUCAUCUCAGUGUAUUUCUGGUUUCCAUUCUAGAACCAGUGCAAUAUGUUGUUGAUUUUCUAAUUUCAUUCUUUGUUCCAAAUAAUCUGUUCAGAGUAGUUUUCCGUAACUUGUAAGGGAAAUAACAACUUGGCAUGGUUUAAUAAAUUGUCUUUUGAAACUUAACUUUCAGUUGAAUUAAAGAA